UCGCUGUGUUCAAACAGUUUCUAGCUACUAAAACCUCGAAAACCUAUGCGGCUCGGCUAGAGUGUUAUGUUACGAAGGAGCUAAAUACCUCCGGCUUUGCAUUUCCCCAUAAGCUUUCAAACGUCAUUGCUUUGACCUAUGAGCAAUUGCAAAUGUUAGCCUGCCUCCGUUAGUACCUACAAAAAUACGCCAUUAAUAUUGCAUAACUGUUUACAUAGUAAGAAUGCUGAAUAUCACAUGAUUUCAUCAGUAUGUGCUAAUUUCUAGUUUGUUUUAACCAUUUGUAUAUACAGUAACAAGUAAAACAAUAUUGCAACUUCCGGUAGCCUUGCGUUCUAGUUUUUUCGCGCAUGUCUAUGGUUCGAACAUGGGCGUCGUAGUAGGUGAAUGUCUUGUCAGCUGACAAGCAGCAUCUUUGGCUGUUGCAACACACGGGUCGUUGUGUUCAAACAGUUUCUAGCUACUACAACCUAGAAUACCUAUGCGGCUCGAUUAGGGUGUUAUGUUACGGAGAGACAGAACUGGCGAAGGAGCUAUACCUCCAGCAUGGCGGCACAAAUACAACCCAAACCGCAGACUCGGACGCCUGUUCUGCUCAAUAAAAUCGAGUCUUCCCAAGAUGUUGUGAACACGGCGGUUAUAAUUCCAAAGGAGGACGGGGUGAUCAGCGUGUCUGAUGACAGGACGAUCCGGAUAUGGUUGAAGAGAGACAGUGGCCAGUACUGGCCCAGCACCUAUCAUACUAUGCCAGCUUCAUGCUCCUGUAUGUCCUUUAACCCAGAGACCAGGAGGCUGUCUGUGGGAAUGGAGAAUGGAACCAUCUCUGAGUUCAUCCUGUCUGAAGACUAUAACAAGAUGACCCCGGAAAGGACCUAUGAGGCCCACCAGGGCAAAGUGACAGUGGUGCUCUUUGUGUUGGAGAUGGAGUGGGUCCUUAGUACAGGACAGGACAAGAACCUCACCUGGCACUGCUCUGAGAGUGGAACACAGCUGGGGUUAUACCACACCAUAGCCUGGGUCUCUGGACUACAGUUUGAUGUGGAGACAAGGCACGCCUUUGUGGGUGACCACUCUGGUCAGGUGACCAUCCUGAAGCUGGAGCAGGACAGCUGUAGUCUGGUCACCACCUUCAAAGGACACACAGGCAACGUGACGGCACUGUGUUGGGAUCCAGCCCAGAGAGUGUUGUUCUCUGGCAGCUCAGAUCACUCCAUCAUCAUGUGGGACAUCGGGGGACGCAAAGGCACCGCCAUAGAACUGCAGGGACACAAUGAUAAAGUCCAGGGCCUGUGCUAUGCGCCACACACACGUCAACUGAUCUCCUGCAGCUCAGAUGGCGGCAUCGUCAUCUGGAACAUGGACGUGACCAGACAGGAGACCCCAGAGUGGCUGGACAGUGACUCGUGUCAGAAGUGUGAGCAACCAUUCUUCUGGAACUUCAAACAGAUGUGGGACAGUAAGAAGAUCGGCCUGCGCCAGCACCACUGCAGGAAGUGUGGGCAGGCUGUGUGUGGAAAGUGCUCUGCCAAGCGCUCCACCAUCCCUCUCAUGGGCUUCGAGUUCGAGGUGCGGGUGUGUGACAGCUGCCAUGAGUCCAUCACAGACGAGGACCGGGCGCCCACGGCGACAUUCCAUGACAGCAAGCACAGCAUAGUUUACAUGCACUACGAGCCCACCACAGGCUGGUUGCUGACCUCUGGGGCCGACAAAGUCGUCAAGCUCUGGGACAUGACUCCAGUGGUCUCCUGAGGGUCAUCGUUGACAGGGAGCAACAUGGAGCUCCAUCCACCUAUCAGGGUAGAGCUUACAGCCUGGUGACUGUCAUCCUCAGAGGAAGAGGGAAUGUCAACAAGAACAACCACCACCACAACAACAGCUAAACAACUUACAACAUGGAGCUCCAUCCACCUAUCAGGGUAGAGCUUACAGCCUGGUGGCUGUCAUCCUCAGAGGAAGAGGGAAUGUCAACAAGAACAACCACCACCACAACAACAGCUAAACAACUUACAACAGCAGAGCAACAUCCACAGAACCUAGAAACACCAGGCCUUUCUUGCCUGUCCUCGUCCCUCUUGGUGACUAAACGGGAAAAGCUUUACACUGGCUGCAUAAAUAAUUCCCUAUAUUGUUUGGUUUAUUAUUAUAUUUAUGACAAUAGUUUUGUAGUAAAGGGAACUCAGUUUACCUACUGAACAUCAAAUACAGCUAGGUGGGCAAAUAUAUAGCUUAUAUUGAAGUGCCUUCCUCUUAAUUUCUUAUAGCUUUCCCUCCGGUUAACAGAAAGAAUGAACCAAUAGUCCUAAAACAAAUUGAAGCACGAAAUGUACCUGGGUUGUGAAUACCAGUUAGAUAUGUAACUUGUAUGUACAGCAGCAAGAUGGAAUACUCUAAUAUAUUCAUGAAACUACAGAAGGUCCCAAAGUUGACCUUAUAAGGCUCAUUGGUUUGACUCUUUGUUUUUAACAUUGUUGCAGUCUGCAGAGGGCAAAAUACCACUGUUUCUAGGUGGAUCAUGUUUCAGUUGGUGUCAGGAGGGUCAUAGCCUAAUGUAUGGGAAUUAAGCUCUUACCCUACGAGCUACGAAUCCUGCUUGUUUCCUGUUGUACUUGAUAAUUAAUUGCAACCACCUGGUGUCCCAGGUCUAAAUCAGUCCCUGAUUAUAGGGGAGCAAUGAGGUCCAGAGAUGAAUUUGAGGGCACUACUGUAUAGCUUCUAUGCUCUCUGAAAGUCAUCACACAUACACACACAGCUGGUGAACAAGUCUACAUGUGGUAUCUCACUGUCAGGUAAUGGUUGACCGCCACAGAUGUAGAGGACUUGGAGAAAGAAAUGUUUUUCAUUUUUUUAUGAAUACUGUAUUACAAACUGAAGUUCUAGUUUAGGCUUGCCAAUUGAAAUUGUAAAUCAUAAAGAACAUGUUCAUUACUUUACUUUAUUGUAGAGUUAUUGAAAUGUCACUUACUAUACUUUUGACUUCGGUAGUGGACUUAGGGUGGCAAAAUUCCAGAAACAUUCAAUAAAUUCCCUGGUUUUACAGAAAAAGUGGUUGGUCGUUGGAUACCGGAUUUCCUGCCUAUUCCGGGAACCUUCCAACCGGAAUUUCAGGAAAAGCAGGGAAUUUAUUGAAAGUUCCAGAAAUGUUGCAGCCUUACUUAAACAUGAUUCACUACUUGUAGUCUCUUCUAUGUUAUUUGCACUUCAGUUGUUACGGUUCAAUUUCUCAGAGAACAAAAUCAUAACAAAGCACUUUUUAUUGUCCAAUACAUACACUUACAAUAUGUUGUCUACAGACUCAAAUGACACAGGGUUGUAGGCUGAAAAUAUUUAUUUUCCAUUGAGGUGAGGGGUAUACCAGACUGGUGAUCAGUUGUUAGUGGAUGUGUGUGUCAAAUGUAUUUGUGUUAUAAUGAGUUUAUUUAUUGCUGUGUGUGUGUUACUGUAGCCUCCAAGAUAGACAUAUCUCGUGUAAUACACACACCAUCAAGGUCAUUAAUCAUUGACUGAUAGUGUGGCUAUGAAUCAGGACUUUUGUGUGAUACAUAGUUUUUUACGCUUUAACAUUCUCAAAGUGUAUUGAUGGUUAUGAUAGGUGUCAUAUCCUGGAUAUAACUACAGUUGUUCCAGUUAAGUUCAUGCACAUGAUUUGUUUUCUAGGCAGAGACACUAUUGUAAAACCACAACAACCUGUCUGCAUGUUUAUAUUUGUGUUAUAAAACCAUAAUUAGCCAUGAUACUUUUUCAUGAAUAGUAGCAUGUUGAUUAAUCCGUCACACAUAUCUUGGGCCUAAGCGAAUACAUAUCUACUGGUGGAGAAUGGAUGUAUGGGGCUCUAAUGCUAUUUACUGUAGUAGUCAAUCACUGACUUGAGAAUUACACUAUUCCUAUCCAUUUCCUCAUUUAAUGACCUCUGUGCAGUUAUCAUUGUUGGGAGGCAAAAAGUUAUGAGUUCCAUGUUGAUUCAUAAGCCAAGACUGAUUUACAAUAUCUGAAUGACUGCUGAUAUGAUUUGAAAUACGUUUUUCGUGUUAUGUUUUUAUGUAACCUGGAUACCAGUCUCUUUCUCUGCUUUCAUCAGCAUGUUAUCAUUGGCAACACUAGUGUUACUAAAUGGAUGAACUGUCAGUCUGUCA